GGCACAGGCGGCGCGCGGCUCCCCCCCUGCGCGCCUACGCGGUCCCCUCCGGAGUCGCCGCGGCCCUCGGUGCGGCCCUCCCCCCCGCCCCCCUCCUCCCGACCCCGCAUCCCCCCGGCCCCGGGAUGGGCGCGCGCGCCUCGGGCUGGCCCCGGGCCCGGGCCGGGCUGCUGCUCCUGCUGCCGCUGCUGCUCGCGCUGCUGGCCCCGGGCGCGCAGGGGGCGCGGGGCCGCGGCGGCGCCGAGAAGAACAGCUACCGCCGCACCGCCAACACCUUCUGGCAGAGCGUGGCCAGCCUGCUCGGCGAGGACAACGUGCGCGCCGCUCAGAAGCUGCUGGCCAGGCUGACGGAGAAGUUCGUGCACGGCGUGGACGCGUUUCUGGAGACGCUGUGGAAGGUGUGGGUCGAGAUCCUGGAUGUCCUCGGACUGGACGUCGGUGACUUUCCUCCCCUCGUGGCCCGAGACAGCUGCUCCCAGUCCUACUAUCGCAUCCAAUUCCCGGCAGGCAGAGGAACAGGAGGUACAGGGCGCUUUUCAGUGGCCAACAUGUCGCAGUACCUGAGCCCCGCCGCGGUGGCCAGCAGCCCCGCCCGCGCCCUGGCCCUGCUCGGCCUCCUGAUGCUGGCCUACUGGUUCCUGUCGCUGACGCUGGGCCUCGCCUUCAGCGCGCUGCACCUGCUGUUCGGCCGCUGCCUCUGGGCGGUGCGCGUGGCGCUGUUCUCCCUGUCCUGCGUGUACGUCCUGCACAAACACGAGGGCGAGCCCGAGGCCGCCGCGCUGCCGCUCUGCUUCGUGGUGGCCGUCUACUUCAUGACGGGGCCCAUGGGCGCCGGCUGGCGCGGCCCCCCCGGCGGCGGCCCCCCCGGCGGCGUGGAGGAGAAGCUGGAGCAGCUGGACGCCCAGGUGCGGCUGCUGAACAUCCGCCUCAACCGCGUGCUCGAGAGCCUGGACGGCGCCGCCAGCAAGUGACAACCAGCCGCCCGGCCGGGGCCCGCCGCGCCCCGCAGGCAGCCGAGGAGGCGGCGGCGGCGGCCGGCCAACCCCAGACUGUCUCAAUAAAGGUGCCUGGGCCAGGGGGCGCUCGGUGAGGGUGUUUUGGCCGCGGCAGACUCUCGGGGCGCCCGCCGGGGGUGGUCCGCGGGGGGGAGAGGCCUUUUUCCGACAGAGGAGAGACCCCGCCGGCGGCACAGUCACCGACGGACGUGUGUCCGGUGAAGCGCCCCGUGGCUGUUCCCCCCCCCUUCAAGCACUUAGAGGACAUCUUUUGUAAGGUUGUUUUUUUAAAAAAUAAAGGCCGAUCCGGGCCCCGUGUCUUCACACCUCA